AUGACAAAUAAAUACAUGGCGAUUCCGAUGGAGAAGUCUCUCAUCCUUUUUGCGAAAGCAUUCAGUUCGUCGUCGUACUUUAAGCUUCCUGGAAAGAGAUCAGGUGGAGGAGAGGUAGUAUCAGAUGAGACAUUACGCCCCCAACUAAUGACACUCCUCCCAUGCAUUUUCACCUGUGUCCGCUAUUCUCAUGUUGCUGUGAGACUAUCUGCUUCAAGAUGCAUCACAUCAAUGAAAAAGUCAAUGACAUUCAACAUCAUGGGCUCAAUAAUCGAAAACAUAAUCCCUAUGUUGGGUGACAUGGCAUCUGUGAAUGCUAGACAAGGAGCAGGGAUGCUAAUAAGUCUGCUUGUUCAAGGAUUAGGCACUGAUCUUGUUCCUUAUGCAAGGCUGUUAGUUGUCCCUCUUUUAAGGUGUAUGAGUGAUUGUGAUCAUUCUGUUAGAAGAAGUGUCACGCACAGCUUUGCUGCCCUUGUCCCUCUUUUACCCCUUGCACGUGGUGUCUCUCCUUCUCCUGGAUUGAGUGAAUGCCUGUUGUCUAGAAGGUUACCAGAAAGAUUAGAAAAGGAAGUACAUGAUCUUCUACCUCCCUCCAUAUCCAAUGGAAUUCGUGUUAUCACUUCCCCUUAUGGUGCAGAUUCUGCAUGGUAUGAAGCAAAACUUCUCAGCAAUUCCAUCAACUGGUACCCCACAUGGGAAAAAGAAAAAGAAAGUAACAACAGUGGGAUAGUCACUCCAAGAAAGGGAGAGUGGAAGCUUAGCUUCAUUACAGAAAGCUAUCAUGGCAACCUUCAACAGUAG